UCAAGCUAAGAAGAGAACAAUUUAAAUAUAAUAUCGAUUUAGUAAAACUAGAAAACGAUAUUAUUAAACCUAACCACCGCUGCAAGUUUCCUUCAUUACAACUACCUAAUAAAACCAAAGCAGAUUUUUCUGAAGAAGCAAAAGAAAAAUCUAAAGAAAUAAGUAAACAAUACUAUGAAAAUUUACGUACUUCUUUGGAUAAAAAAGAAGAAGCUCUUUUUAAUAAGCUAUACGACUAUGUUAAUAAUAUCUCUACGUGUCAUAAUGAGAUUACCGAAAAGCUUAGGUUUAAUCAUAAACCAAACCUACACUUUAGAGGAGCUGAACACUCAUUCGUAAAUUUGUUUACUGAAGGCUUAGUUGUUCUUCAAAAUACUUUAGAUAAGGACCGUGACCUCCACACGGCCAAACCAAAAAAAGAAGAAGAACCAAAACUCGACUUCAAGAUCGACCUCUCGCUCCAAGUUCCAAACAUCCAGGACAUCUUUCAAAGGCCAACAAAAGUCGUACGGCAAUACAUCUCGCCCACCUUCUACAACCCGUGGAAGAUCAAAAUCACGACGACCCAAUGCCGCAUCUUAAAUUAUGGGCAUAAAUUUAUUCCUACUCCCACCCCAAAUCAACGUAAAGGACUAACGGAUACGGAACAACCCUUUUUAAAAGAAUCACUAGCUUAUUUAGAACGCCGCUUAAAUUUAUUCUUCGAAUUUGGAGGAGGUGGUACUUCUAAAAAAGUUAGAAUUCCAAACCCAAACUAUAUACCACCAAAGAAUUUAUCAACUACUAAGUUAAUAGAUUCUUUAAAAGAAAACCUCAAAUGUCCAUUAAUUCCCACUCCUCAAUAUAAUCUUACUUUACGAGAAAAGAAGGCCUUAAAAGACUUAUCCUAUAACAAUAAUAUUGUUAUUACUCAAACGGAUAAAAAUUUAGGAUUAGCUAUUAUACCUUUCGAACAAUAUAUUUUAGCUAUAAAAAAUCUUCUUUCUCCUGAUGAAUAUGAGGAAAUAUCUUUAACAGAAAACGAAUGUAUUCUGUUAAUACAACGAAAAAUAUUUGACUUGCCAAUGUCAAAUAAACAUCAAAAAUACUUUAUUCCUCCCGAAGAUAAUCUCCAACUGCCGUUUUUCCAUGCAUUACCAAAGGUACAUAAAAACCCAUUAAAAUGGCGACCUAUUGUUGGUAUGCAUUCUGCACCUAUUAGAAGAUUAUCUAUUUUUCUUUCGGAUAUAUUAAAAGAUUGGAUGGCUAAACUUGAGUAUCACUACAAAGAUUUUUGGACUCCUAUUAAGGACAAUUUUCAACUUCUUUACCAAGUUGAAAAAAUAAAAAAUCAAUAUAAAUUUGUAGUUACUGGAGAUUUUGAAUCACUCUAUACCAAGUUUACACAUAAUGAAAUCCUUUCUGCAUUCGAUUAUUUAAAUAAUCACUCCAUUCCGAUUGACUCUUACCUUGGUUUUAAUAAACCAAAAAUUAGAUUUAUCCUUAGUCUAGUAAUUGAUAAUAAUUACUUUAAAGCAUUAGGAAAAAUCUUUAAACAAAAAAGAGGAAUAGCUAUGGGAACAAAUGCUGCAGUUCAUAUAGCUCAAUUAACGUGCUUUGCUCAUGAACUUCAAGCGAUAAAUAAUGGACUUUUUAACAAUAUAUUUUUUCGAAGAUAUAUUGACGAUAUCAUUAUUUUUAGUAAUAUUUUUAUUGAAAAAACUAUUAAUGAUAUCUACCCUCUACAUCACAAAAUUUCUUGGCAGAGAUUAAAUAACGGAAAAAUAGCUAACUUCUUAGAUUUAACUUUUAUUAUAGAUAAAGAAAUUAGUUAUAAAAGAUAUUCCAAAUUUCCUAGAUCUGCCGCCUUCGUUCACUAUAAGUCAAACCACCGUUUAUUAAUGAAAAAACAAGUCGUUGUCAAUGAAGUCUCAAGGCUAUCUCUAUUAUGUUCAAAAAAAGAAGACUUUAAUAUUGAAAAAGAAAAUCUUCUUUCCUUCCUCAACUCAACUAAAGGAUAUCCAUUAUAUAUUCUUAAAAAUCUUAUAUAUCCAAAAUGGGAAGACCGAACGCUUCUUCUUAAGAAAAUUAACAAAGAAAAAAGAGAAAAAGGACUACCACCAAUUAUCUUAAAAAUACCGUUUGACGAUACAGUAUUUAAGAUGAAAAAUUACUCUAAAAUCCUUAAUGAAGCCUUCGAAACAAAUAUGAAUACCGAAACAACACAACGACCUAUUCUUUGUGUAACUAAUCAACCCUCUUUGGUCAGAAUCUUAGCCCGGUCUUCGACCGGGAACCCUAACCCUAACCAUAACCCUAACCAAUAA